AUGAACGAAGAAGAAAUGAAGGCCCACGUUCUAGCGGAUCUGGAGCAAACAGGUCGGCUGGAACAGCUCCGCGCAAAAGUACGAUACGAAGUCUACCAUAGCAUGGCGAAAGAAAAAGCGGUGUCGAAAAAAGAACUCAGCAACCGCGAAGUGCUAACAGUUUCCAUUAUUUCAGACUGGCUUAAUAACCAUGGCUUUUCAGUCACUGCUGCGCAGUUGAAUUCUGAAACGCAAAUGGGCGGAAAUCCGUUGCCGAAGACAGUUGUAAAGUCAGAACUACGAAUCGACCCUUCAGACGAGCGAGCAAUCUUAGACUCGUUAAUCGACAACCACCUCGGAUCACUUCCCCCUCAGCACAGCGAAAACGCAAGACCAAGCGAUUUCAAUCCAGAGCCACCUCAAAAUCCGAAAAACUCAAAAUCGACAGAUUCUCAAAUGAUUUUCUUCAAGAAAUAG